AUGCCGUUGACGCAGGGCAGCGCCCUCCCCCUCCCGACUUCCCUCCUACUGCCACUGCUACUGCUACUGCUACCAGCGGCGGUCCUCGCAGAUGAGGGCCCCUACAAUCAAUCGCAACUCUACGACCAGGGCCGCAUGGGCUCGUGGCCCACGGAGCUCUUCCGGUCGACCACGACCGUCGGGUUGGCCGUGAACUGGGUGCAGACCAGUCCGCGCUGCAAGGUCGCCGGGGAGUACUACCUGCUCGCGCCGCGGGGCGCCAGCGUCCACCGUCCAGGGCCCAUGAUCCUCGACCCCGACGGCCACCUGAUCUGGACCCGGGAGUACGGGCAGACGUACAACCUGAACGUGCAGCGGUACCGGGGCCGGGAGUAUCUGACCUUCUGGGUGGGGAGCGACGCCGAUGUUGGGCAUGGGAGGGGCACGUAUUUCAUGCUCGACUCCUCGUAUCAAGAAGCGUAUAAGUUCACGGCGGCGCGGAACCUCCCCGGCGAUCUGCACGAGUUCCACAUCACGCACGAUGACACGGCGCUGCUGACCAGCUACGACCGGCGGCGCGCCGACCUCUCGCGGGUGGCCGACGAGACCGGCCGGGUCGGCCCCGUGGCCGGCUGGAUCUGGGAGGGGACGUUCCAGGAGGUCGAGGUCGAGACGGGCCGGCUCCUCUUCGAGUGGCACGCCUCGGAGCAUUUCGCCUUCGAGGACGUCGAGCGCGGCCGCGAGGCCGGGCAGGGCGCCUCCGCGGACCAACCCUGGGACUUCUUCCACAUCAACAGCGUCGACAAGGACCGGCGCGGCAACUACCUCGUCUCCGCGCGGUACGCCAACUGUCUGAGCUACGUCGACGGGCGUACGGGCGAGAUCCUGUGGCGGCUGGGCGGGAAGCGGAAUAACUUCACCGACCUCACCUCCUCCCCCGCGGAAUCAUUCGGGGGUUCAGCAGGCCCCGGCCCCGCCACGAACUUCACCUGGCAACACCACGCCCGCUUCCGCGACAACGACACCGCCAUCACGCUCUUCGACAACGCCUCGCGCGGCCUCGGCGCCCCCGCCCGCACCUCCCGCGGCCUGUACCUGGACCUCGACCAGACGCGCCUCACCGUCCGCCUGCGCCACCAGUACUGGAACGCCCCCGACCAGGCCCUCAGCAGCCAGAGCCAGGGCAGCCUGCAGCUCCUGCCCAACGGCAACGUGCUGGUCGGCUACGGCUGGAACGCCGCCUGGACCGAGUUCUCGCGCGCCGGCGAGCCCCUCUGCCAUGUGCACUUCGGUCCCCAGCGCGAGUUCGGCCUCGGCAACAUCCUCUCCUACCGCGUGUUCAAGCACCCCUGGCGUGGGGCCCCGCGCACACGCCCGGAUUUCGAGGUGUAUCGGUAUCGCGCCGCCGCGAGUUGGAAUGGGGCUACGGAGGUGGUGGCGUGGGGGCUGGAGGGGACGGAUGAUGGGGGUGGUGGUGGUGGGAGUGGGAGUGGGAGUGGGAGUGGGAGGGCCGCCGCCUUUGCGCGAGUCACGACCGUGCCUAAGGUGGGGUUCGAGACUGUGAUCCCUAUCUCGGAGGAUGCGACUGCGUACAGGUAUCUCCGCGUGCUGGCGCUGAAUGCCUCGGGCCAUGUGCUGAGUGCGUCGAAGCUUGCGCGCUGGGAUCCGGCGGCUGAGGAGGCGGUUGUGGUCUCGGGGGUGGAUCGAGAUGAGGACGAUGGACUAGGGCGGUUUGGCACUAAGGGGAGUACAGCUGUGGUCGGGCUCCUGGGUUGUGCGCUGCUCCUCGUUGUCGUUGUUUGUCUCGUGCGCCGACUCGGAUUCCUGUUCCGGAGGACUGCGCUCCGUCGGGUGAAUGGUCGGGAGCGGGGAGGCUUCCGGCCCUUGAAACGCUGGGCCGCCGAGGACGAGGGAAGUUUGAGCGAUGUUGAAGGUGGGGAGGGGGUGGAACUCUCGACUCUGUUAGGACAUCACCGGAUAGGCUCUCUUCCGCACAGAGAGGAUGAAGAUCAUCGAAGCAGGAACAUGAGACCCGGGGUACAGGUGUAG